UUCUGGGAUUACCGCCAGCCUCGGAAAUACCUCAACAUUCUUCCUUGCCAGGUGCCCGUCUGGAAGGCCAGAUACACUCCUUUCAGCAACGGAUUAGUGACUGUAAUGGUUCCCCAACUGCGAAGGGAGAAUAGUCUUCUCCUGUGGAAUGUUUUUGACUUGAACACCCCAGUCCAUACCUUUGUGGGGCAUGAUGAUGUGGUGCUGGAAUUCCAGUGGCGGAAACAGAAGGAGGGAUCUAAGGACUACCAGCUGGUUACUUGGUCACGGGAUCAAACCUUGAGAAUGUGGCGGGUGGAUUUCCAGAUGCAGAGACUUUGUGCAAAUGACAUACUAGAUGGUGUUGAUGAGUUUAUUGAGAGCAUUUCUCUUCUGCCUGAACCAGAGAAGACCCUUCAUGUGCAGGAUACAGAUCACCAGCAUACCUCGAGCCAUGGGGAGGAAGAAGUCUUAAGGGAUGAUCCCCCUAGCACUCUCCUGGAAGAAAAGAAAUCUGACCAACUGGGACUGCCGCAAACUUUGCAGCAGGAGUUCUCCCUGAUCAAUGUGCAGAUCCGGAACGUCAAUGUGGAGAUGGAUGCAGCAGAUCGGAGCUGCACGGUAUCUGUGCACUGUAGCAACCACCGUGUCAAGAUGCUGGUGAAAUUUCCUUCGCAGUACCCAAAUAACGCUGCCCCUUCCUUCCAGUUCAUUAAUCCCACAACCAUCACAUCUACAAUGAAAGCAAAGCUGCUGAAGAUCCUGAAAGACACUUCGCUACAAAAAGUCAAACGAAACCAGAGCUGUCUGGAGCCCUGUCUGCGUCAGCUUGUCUCCUGCCUUGAGACUUUUGUGAACCAAGAAGACAGCGCUGCCAGCAACCCUUUUGCUCUCCCAAACUCUGUCACACCGCCAUUACCAACAUUUGCCCGGGUAACCACUGCUUAUGGGUCAUACCAGGAUGCCAAUAUUCCUUUUCCUAGGACUUCAGGGGCCAGGUUCUGUGGUGCAGGGUAUCUGGUGUAUUUCACGAGGCCGAUGACAAUGCAUCGAUCAGUAUCUCCAACAGAACCAACUCCAAGAUCUCUCUCAGCCUUGUCUGCUUAUCACACUGGCUUGAUUGCACCAAUGAAGAUUCGCACAGAGGCCCCUGGGAACCUUCGCUUAUACAGUGGGAGCCCCACUCGCAGUGAGAAAGAACAGGUCUCUAUCAGCUCCUUCUACUACAAGGAGCGGAAAUCAAGGAGAUGGAAAAGUAAACGAGAGGGAUCGGACUCUGGCAAUCGACCAAUCAAGGCUGCUGGGAAAGUCAUUAUUCAGGAUAUCUCGGGCCUUCUUCCUGUUCAUAAAUCGUUGGGUGAACUCUACAUAUUGAAUGUGAAUGAUAUUCAAGAAACAUGUCAGAAGAAUGCCACUUCUGCCUUGCUUGUAGGAAGGAAGGAUCUUGUCCAGGUUUGGUCAUUGGCUACAGUAGCUACAGAUCUCUGCCUUGGUCCAAAGUCUGACCCAGAUCUGGAAACACCCUGGGCUCGACAUCCAUUUGGGCGACAGCUGCUGGAAUCCCUGUUGGCUCAUUACUGCCGCCUCCGCGAUGUCCAGACACUGGCUAUGCUCUGCAGCGUGUUUGAAGCCCAGUCUCGGCCUCAGGGACUGCCUAACCCCUUUGGGCCCUUUACUAGCCGUGCCUCGAAUCUCAUGGUGUCCCAUAGUCGUUAUCCCAGCUUCACUUCCUCUGGUUCCUGCUCCAGCAUGUCAGACCCAGGGCUCAACACUGGUGGCUGGAACAUAGCUGGAAAAGAAGCAGAACAUAUAUCUUCACCUUGGGGAGAGUCUUCACCAGAAGAAAUUCGCUUUGGGAGCCUGACCUACAGUGAUCCUCGGGACCGAGAACGUGACCAACAUGAUAAAAAUAAAAGACUUCUAGACCCAGCCAACACCCAGCAAUUUGAUGAUUUUAAGAAAUGCUAUGGAGAAAUCCUCUAUCGUUGGGGUCUGAGAGAGAAGCGAGCAGAAGUGCUGAAGUUUGUUUCCUGUCCUCCUGAUCCUCACAAAGGGAUUGAGUUUGGUGUGUACUGCAGCCACUGCCGCAGCGAGGUCCGGGGCACACAGUGCACCAUCUGCAAAGGCUUCACCUUCCAGUGUGCUAUCUGCCACGUGGCUGUGCGAGGAUCAUCCAACUUCUGCCUGACCUGCGGGCAUGGUGGACACACCAGCCACAUGAUGGAGUGGUUUCGGACCCAGGAGGUGUGUCCCACUGGGUGUGGGUGCCACUGCUUGCUAGAAAGCACUUUCUGAAAAUCCCGAGUGGGGAGUUGUCAGAGAUGCCAGAGCACCCUGGAAAUACCCAGUGACAAACUCUGCCAGGAGAGUCACCAGAGCCCCUCUCCAGCUGGACGGGGGCAAGACUGCUGCAGUACCAACUGUUGCUAGCCUUUGCUUACUCUUCACAUUGGCUGUUGUUGGCAUGGAUUUUGCUGGAGGAGGAGAAGAGUCAACACAUGGGAGUCUGUAGGACAAGUGGAAGUUUUCGUAGAGAAAGCACCUGUUUCUAGCACCAUGUAAACCAUGUAUCACUGAGAGCAUCCUGAUGCCAUGACAGAGACCAAGAUCAGAUUCAGAGGAAAGUGUCCUGAGCCAAAGGACGUUAGUUGUCAGGCAGGUAACUUGACAUAAGUGUAGCAUAAGUUGAUAGGUGAACCUAACUGGUGGGCAGUGGCCUUUUAAAAUAUGCUUAAAUUAUAAAUAUAUAAUGUACUUAAGGAUUCUUAA